AAAUAUGAAAGCGCGUAUUAUUGAAAUAUUCUAGUACACAUAAAUUUUAAGCGAAAAAAAACUGAAACUGAAAGGAUGGCACUAAACUGUAUAGAAAAUGGUGUGCAUCUGCUGAUUACAAAUCAAUUAUGUAGGAAACUAUUUUCUGGCUUAGUAUCUCGCGGAUGAAUAUCUCAGUUCCAGUAUUUAAGCGGAUGACGACCUACUUUCUCCGCCUCUUUCUCAUACUGAGUAGGGUUUGUUCACGUGAGGUUGUGUCUCCUGUAAAAUAGGUUACACAACCCACUUCUAUUUCGUGAAAUAACUUUUUAAAAUCCAAAAAAAUUAUAAAAUUUUGAAAAACUCCAAAAAAAUAGUAAAAGUUUCAAAAAGCCAGAAACAAGUUGACAAGUGUGUGCGUGUGUAAUCGUGACCAUACAACGUGGGCAUCUUCGAAGAAUCUGUGCUGCCAUUUUCAAAGAAAAGGAGGGAAGCUGCAGUGUUUCUUCAUUUCGGUGGAUUCUGUGUUCUUGUAUUAGUGUAAUUCAAACGUAAUAAUGAAUCCAGGCGGUCCGAAUUAUCCUAUGGCCUCGCUGUAUGUUGGCGACUUACACCAAGACGUGACGGAGGCCAUGCUGUUUGAAAAAUUUUCAACUGCUGGUCCUGUGCUUUCUAUCCGCGUAUGCAGGGAUAUGAUUACUCGCCGGUCCUUAGGAUACGCAUACGUCAACUUCCAACAACCAGCUGAUGCUGAACGAGCUUUAGACACCAUGAAUUUUGACAUGAUCAAGGGGCGGCCCAUUCGAAUCAUGUGGUCUCAGCGAGAUCCAUCGUUGCGCAAGUCUGGUGUUGGCAAUGUAUUCAUAAAAAAUCUUGACAAGAGUAUUGAUAAUAAAGCAAUGUACGACACUUUCUCAGCUUUUGGCAAUAUCUUGAGUUGCAAGGUAGCUCAAGAUGAGAAUGGUGUUUCAAAAGGUUAUGGAUUUGUCCAUUUUGAGACUGAAGAGGCUGCAACAAAAUCCAUUGAAAAAGUAAACGGUAUGUUGCUUAAUGGCAAGAAAGUCUUUGUUGGAAAAUUUGUCCCACGCAAGGAGCGCGAGAAGGAGUUGGGUGAGAAGGCCAAGCUCUUCACUAAUGUUUAUGUGAAGAACUUCGGUGAAGAUUUCAAUGAUGAUACUUUGAAAAAGAUGUUCGAAAAAUAUGGUCGCAUUACCAGUCAUAAGGUAAUGGCUAAAGACGAUGGGAAAUCUCGUGGAUUUGGAUUUGUUGCAUUCGAAGAGCCAGAAGAUGCUGAAAGAGCUGUCGAUGAUCUGAAUGGAAAAGAGUUGAUUGAUGGCAAACCACUUUACGUGGGAAGAGCUCAAAAGAAGGCAGAAAGACAGCAAGAACUGAAACGAAAAUUUGAACAAUUAAAAAUAGAACGCCUGAAUCGCUACCAGGGUGUUAAUUUAUACGUCAAGAAUUUGGAUGAUACCAUUGAUGAUGAACGUCUUCGCAAGGAAUUUUCACCAUUCGGAACUAUAACUAGUGCUAAGGUAAUGAUGGAAGAAGGCCGCAGUAAAGGCUUUGGUUUUGUUUGCUUUUCUUCUCCUGAAGAAGCAACUAAAGCUGUUACAGAAAUGAAUGGCCGCAUUGUGGGCACAAAGCCAUUGUAUGUUGCCUUAGCACAGCGCAAAGAAGAUCGCAAGGCACAUUUGGCUUCUCAGUACAUGCAGCGCAUGGCAAAUAUGCGUAUGCAACAAAUGGGUCAAAUUUUCCAACCAGGCGGUGCUGGAGGCUAUUUUGUACCCACACUCCCGCAACCCCAGAGGUUCUAUGGACCAGCUCAGAUGGCUCAGAUUCGAGCUACUCCACGAUGGACCGCUCAGCCACAAGUACGGCCCAAUGCUCAGGGAGGUGCCACUGCUUUCACAAACAUGCAGGGACCUUUCCGACAACAACCUGUUGGAGCGGCCAAUAUCCAGGGCCGCCCGAUGGGAGCUCCUACAGUCUCUGUCUCAGCUCAAGGUCGUCCAGCCAACUACAAAUACACCGCAAACAUGCGCAAUCCUCCUCAACCAUUGCCGGUGGCUCAGCAACCUCCUGUACAGCAGGCUGUACACAUCCAAGGGCAGGAGCCUUUGACUGCUUCAAUGCUGGCUGCUGCCCCUCCUCAAGAGCAAAAGCAGAUGCUGGGUGAACGGCUGUUCCCUCUCAUUCAGCGCAUGUAUCCUGAGCUGGCUGGAAAAAUAACUGGAAUGUUGCUAGAAAUCGACAACUCUGAACUCCUGCACAUGUUGGAACACCAUGAGUCCCUGAAGGCAAAGGUUGAGGAGGCUGUGGCUGUCUUGCAGGCUCACCAGGCCAAACAGGCUGCUUCUCAGGGCAAGAAAGAAUAAGUUCUUCCAGAUGAAUGGCCUGCGUUAAACCAUCAAAUCUCGAGGCCAGCUGUCUUCGUGGGUCUGAGAAAUAGGCCGUUGUUGGGCCAAUUCUUACUUCAUUUUGGCUAGCUUUUUUUUAUUGGCUCUUAAAGUUUGCGAAAUUCAAUUAGAAAUGGAUAACUGAAUUGUCCUUUUUUUAUUUAUUUGGCUGAAACCAUUCAAUUUGGUUAGGGAAUAGCAAAAAACAAUUUAAGAGUUGCCCAACAAUGUCUAUUAUCAUGCCAUUAAGAAAUAUGACCUGUGUUGUACACGGGGAAACAUGGGAUCAGACAACUAUUGAUAUUGCCCACCAUUUUGAUAUGCAGCGUUCUUUAUUUUUUUAAUUUUUGCUCCUUUCAAAAACUCGUUUGCAUUUCUGGAUAAGAGUUAAGUUUUAAUGCCGUUCUGGUACACAUACAAUUUUAAAUGGUGUACGUUAAUGAUAAAUACUGAAUUUUUUUUUUAAUGUUUCCAUUUGUUAUCUUCGGUUUUAUAAUACGAAUUUUGGUGAGGAAUCUGUCGUGGCCUAAACCUCAUCCAAUUAUAACAUAAAAAAAUUGUUUUUAGACGCGCGUUCCACAUCCAAAAUGGGAACUUUGUGUGGCAAAAAGCUUUUGCUCCUUAAUUGGAAACUAUAAAAAUAGAAAUUUGAGUAACAAUUCACCCAGCAAAAUAUUCUUUAAAAAUUGUAUAAAAAAAGGAAAAUGUGUCGCCCGACACACAAAAUAAGAACAGGAAAUAGCUAAAAACGUGAUGUUACAUCAAAACAAGAACUACCUGUAACGAAAUAAAUGAUACACUAGUAUUAAAUAUUGGGGUUCCAAAAAAAAGAAGAAAAAAAAUAAUGCACCUUUUCAUUAAAUAUUGUGUAUGAAAUCUUGUUCUUUAAUGGGAUAAAUCUGAGGGUUUAUGGAUAAAAAUUCUUCAUUUUGGAGUGUGUGGUUUUUUUGUUCUUGACAUUCCUUCCCUGACCUACGUGGAUAACCUCUCCUUUCCUUAACCUUAUCCUCACAUUCCCUUAACAUAAUGUACUGUGAAAUUGUUUAGAGGUGUAGUAAUGUAUGCUGCAUUUCCUUUUGUAAUUUGUGAAUUUUGCCCUUAUCUUGUAUUAAAUGUAUUUACUGCAGCAAAUUGAUGUGACACCAAUCUUGUUUUAUUUUGAAUCGGUUCAUAUAAUUGGGCAAUGUUCUUUAGUAUGAUAGAAGGGGAUAUUUUACUUCUGUACAUUUUUCUCACCCUUGAUAUUGUUUAUGAAAACAGCACCACUUUAAGUUCAUGUUUAGGGUAACUACCUAGGUAUGUCCGGAAGCUAUUGCUACAUGUUAAAUGAAAGUGCUUUUCAACCUGAUGAGUGUUUCCUGUACAUGAAAGAUGAGGGGUACAAAGGCAGUGGUUAAGAAAAUAUGUUCAAAGUAAAAACCACAUGCUUAGGCGAAGAAAUUCUGUUUUAUUUAGUCAGUGCAUGGUUUUCAGAGGUGGGAGAAAUGUAGAUGAGUGCCCCAAUCAACUUCUUAGUAAAAGGCCUUUUUUUUUUUUUCUCUGCUCCCUAUUUUUUUGUUUCUAGUUUUUCAAUGAUAGAGGAAUACAAACUAACAAAGAUGGGUGAGGAACAACACAUUUUCCACUAACUCUUGUAAUAUUUCUGAUGUCCUCUUACCAGAUUGUUUGUGUGUAUUGGUAGAUGUCCUGUGGACAGUGUUUCCUCUGCUUGUACGUUAGCUGUUUCUCUGUAUAUUUCUGUAGGGACAUAGGAAUAUGCUGUUCCAGAAUGUGAGCAGGGGUGGUGGAUAAUGGCUUUUGACUUAAAUUUUGUGGAGUGGAGAAUUAUUUUUAUCUAAGACUUUGGGAAGAACUUUGUAUUGUGAUGUGUUGGGGCAAGGUGGACUUUUUUUUUUACAAUGUGGAUCUAUAUGCUUUUACCCCACUUGAAGGCUGUGUUCACAAAGUUAUUUGCCAUUUGUGGUUGUUUCUCUUCCUCCCUGUUGUAAUGAAACUGGUUAUUAUUUUGACAUGCCUCCUUAUCCUGUUGAAUUUUCUGUGUAGGAUUAACCAUGAAAAGUUUGCGAGAAGAGAGGAUUUUUUAUGAAAUAAUUCAUUAAUGUGGGUGUGUAUUGCAUCUUGCAAAACUUAAAAAAGUUUGGAUGCAAAUGAGAAGAGACUAUAUGCACAAGGUUAAUUUUUUUUUUUACUUUAGUUUCUUCUGUCAUUCCAAACUUUUGGUCAUAGUAUAAUGUGUUAUGUUUCUGGGAAUGAGUUAUUUUACUUUGUAUGGCUUCACGGGAAUAAAGCGAUAUUCACUUGUGGAUUUGGGAUCUUUUUAUCAGUGAUAAAUUGCUUAUAAUUGACAGUUACGUUGAUAAAUGCUUCCUAGAACCCUUCUUAGACUUGGUUUAGAAAUGGUGACUAGUUUUUCUUGUGGACUUUGCUAAUAAGUUUGUGGCUUGAACACAGCAUUGUUGUAUACAAAGUUAAUAGAUGCUAGUAUGUUGAACUAAUUGUCAAAAGGAAAAUUGAAUUGAUUGGUUUUUAUCAACCAAACAAGUAAGUGUGGUAGAUGCAAUGUAACUACUAUCAAAUCUUAUGCAGUAACAAUGUUGAACUUCUGUAACUGUCUUGUUGGGCUAAACAUGGUUUCUUUUUUUUAUUAAGCUGUUUAAAACGUUGCAAAAUCUUCAAAAUAUUUUACCACUCUUCAGUGAUAUAUAUUUUUCUGUUAUUUGUUUAAUUCCAUACAUCAAUUAGGAUAUUGAAUUUUUUAUUCCGACACUAUUUAUGUUUUGUUUUAUCAGUUACAGGACAGCAUUGUGGCCAAAUUUUUACUAAUAAUACAUAUGAAAAAUUAAAAAUUUAUUUUAUAAUGUACAAGUCAGUGAGAACUCUAGAAUAUGAACUAAUAUUUACCCAUCACACAAAAUCUUUUAGGAAUUUUAUGUUAGUAUUAUUUUACCUUUUAUAUAUUGUUACCAGUAUCACCAUUGGCCAAUUUAUAUAAUCUCUGAAUUCUAUGAAGUUGUCAAGUAGGCAAAGGUAUAAUUGGAUGACUUUUAUUUAAAAGGUACUAAGCACCAUUUCUGAGACAUACACAAAUUUGAACUCGUCAGAUCCAGAAGUAUAUUGUGUUAAAAGAUCCAAGAGGUGUCUAGGCUUUGCUGUCAGAUGUGUGUGGUUGAACAAACUAUUGAAGAGUGGUCAAUUUUGUUUUCUUUCUAUAGAACCAAGUGAUAUUUGGUAAUUGAUUCUUGUUUUCAAAAAAUAUUGAGUGUUUUUGUAGAAAGGGAACCAAGCAUUGUUUUUAUUAUCUCAGAGAAAUAUGCACAGCUAACAAAUGACUAUUCACCAUUUUUUACUGAUCUCUUGUACAUGACUAGGAAAAUAUUUGAGAAAGCCUUGUAAAUAACAAUUUGAGCGAAUGCAGCUCAACAAAAUUAUAUCUGCUUAACUAACUACUGAGGAACAUGCAGAAUAGGAGUAUAUUGAAUUUCUCAAGAUCAAAUUCAGUAGGUCAAAGAUCAUGUUAAUCAUGAUCAUCUUGACUACUGUCAAGAGGGUGGUGAUAGAAGUUAUGUCCACAGAAUAAUGGGCCAAAAAUGUACGACAGCAAGUUUUUGUUGCUACAGAAAGAACCUUCGCACAUUUUAAUAUAAAAAGAAAAAUGUUGAAGGUAACAGUAAACAUUAUUUUAAUUCCAAUAUGAACAGAAAUGAGAUUCCUGACAAGGAACAAAUUGAGAAUGCGUUAAAUGUGUGGUAGUUACAAAGAGGACAUUGCCGUGACCAAGAAUUUUAACAAAUGUUAUAAUGUUAUAUUUUCCAGAGACAAAUUUAAAUACUUGGUGCAUUCAAAAUGAUUGGCGCAACAAUUCUAUUGUGUUCACAGAAACUACUUACUGAACAAACGAGUACAGAUUAUAAUUAUUACAAGUAUUCUGCCUACACACUUGUGUUGUUCUGGCAACUUCCUUAUUCACCAUUCAUUGGCAGUUCCAUGGCUCCAUUGUUGGACAACUGCUUGAAGUUUGUCAUUGGUGAUCAACUUCUUUCCCUGGAGGAGCUCUCAAUGCAUUGAAUAGAGCAUAGUUGUUAGGAACCAAAUCCAGCAUGUAUGGCAGAUUUGGCAGCACGAACCCCUGUUCAGCCAGGAUGGCCAUGGUCUUGGCAACUGGCAUGUGGUCGCACUUUGUCUUGUUAGAGCAGAAUGCCAUGCCCCCUUUUUCUGCAGUGGCCCUUUUGAAUGUGUCUUGGGAGUUUGGUGCAGUGACUGCAGUACCGAUCAUUGUUGACGGUCAUAUUGGGAGUGAGCCAGUCCACCAGAAUUAUCCCAUCCUGAUCCCAGGACACAGUCCCCAUUUGUUUGUGAAUGACCCAGACUGCCUUGGGACGAGGGCUCCCAUAUUCUUUCAUUCCAUACACUGGUAUUCCUUUUUUGGAAUUUCAUUGAACCAUGACUUGUUGACAGUGAUCAGACGUCAAAAGAACUUCGCUGGAUCUGCAUUGUACUGUUGAACCAAAUAUUGGCACAUCUCCACAUGCUUCUAUUUCUGCACAGAGGUGAGGGUGUGGUUACUCAUUGUGUGCAUCAUCUUUAAGUCCUCAUGAAUUGUGUGCAGGAUUGCCAGUUAACAGCCUGUUGCCUUCUCUAAUUCACCAGAUGUGAUUUACCUGUUUGACAUUAUCAAGACAUUGACACACUGGGUUUUGUUUGGUUGGAAUGCAUUUGCUGGAUGCCCAGUGCUUUUUCUUUUUUAAGGCAACUCCUGCAGUCUUUAAAUCUGAUCCCCCAAAGAAGCACAGAUCUGCAUCAUGGUGAAGCCUCUCUACACAUGCUUACUAACCUGUUGUGGAUGUUUGAAACAGUCACACCUUCCCUCCAGAGAAACCACACUGGUCACCGUUGCCCACCGUUGCUUUCAUGUUGAAUCAUUGAUAUCCACUAGUGGACUGACAGACGGGAACAAUUUCUGCUGCAAUGAGCUUCCUAGUAGGCACUGUAGGAUGAGAUGCCCAGGAAGUGGCUUCCUACUUGUGAAAGCACAUUCUUCCAAUUGUUGAGAGAAACAUGAUGGAUCUUAUCUUAUGGUGUGACUUGUGAGUGUGUCAGAACUGAAACAAAAAUGAAAGGACUAUGAUUACAUUGUUUGACAAUUGACAGUGAUUUCCAUGAUGAAGUAUGUCAUUUCAAGAUACUGUUUUCUUUCAAAUAAUUCUAAUUUGGUAAUGUAGAAUCUGCCCUCAUUAACUAACUGCAAUUAAGGUGAUGGAAGGAAGUCUCAAAAGAGAUGGUAAUUGUGUUGCACAUACUGAAGAGCAAGUUCAAAGAGCCUAAGGGAAAAAUAUUGCUCACUGUUAGGAUGAUGGGCUUUGAGGGUAACAAAAUCAACUGACUGGCAAUUCAUGUAAUUAAACUUAAAAGAAGCAAAAACCAUUUGUACUUCAGAUGAAAACUAGUCAUUUCCUAGCAAAUUUUAUUCAGUUAGAUAUUAAGAAAAGUCCAUGAAGCCAAUCAGACAUAUUUAAUGUGUGUUGAUUUCCUUAUGGUGGGAACGAAAGACAAUAUGCAAGGAAAUGCCUUAAGAUAACAGAUGUGUUUGUCACCUCAUACCUAAAAAUGAAACUUAUUGACUUCAAAAAUGAGGACUUCUAACACAAAACUUGAUUUGAUCAUAGACGUUGAGGAUUACAUAUUCAGGUUUGGAAUGGUUGUUGACUUAACAGCAGAAUAAAAUGAAUGAAUGGAAUGAUGUUUUGAAUCUUGUGCACAUUCUUGUAUAUAAUACUUUGGCUCUGGCAAACUUCAAUAUAAAUUGAAAUAUAAUAUAUAUUCAAAGAACCAACUACCAUUUUUAAUUAUGAACUUGUUAAGAGGGGGUAAUUUUAAUGGAAUAUGUAAUUGUAAAACAGUUUUAAUAUGUAGGCCUACCUGAGGCUACCCUUACACAUUUUUCCGUAAAAAGGGAGUUUCUCAUUUUGUUAAUGCUGACAACUUCAAACAGCUUCUUUUUCUGCAAGAUAUGGUGCUUAGUUACUUUUAAAUAAAACCCAUCCUAUUAACUCAAUGUUUAGAUGCCAGUGGGCAGCUUGGAGGAAAAGCCUAAAGCAGCACUUUUAAUAACAAAAAGCAGACCUCAGGUUGAUAGUAAACACAAUAUUUCAGUGUUCUCAUGUAUGUAACACGGAUUAGGAAAACCCACUGUGCCUGCCACAAAAGACAGGGGCAAGACAAAUAAUAGGGUGUUUGAUAAAAUACAUCAAUAAAAUUUCAUUUCAUGAACUUUUGUGGUUAUCAUCUUCAUCCAUAGAAGUAAUGUCCCAGGCCAGUGCAAUGAUAAUGCAAGGGUCCAGGCCCAGG